CCUUAUAUUUCCGAGUGUCAGUGAAGUAGGCAUUGGCGGAGCUUCCUGUGGGAGAGUCCAAACUGAGGAAUUGAGCAGAGUAGGAGUUGUGGUCGAACGCGUCCCUGUGUUUGGACCCCACACUCACUCCGUGACUGUUUAUUCGUGAAAAUACGCAAUUUUGAGUUAAACCCAGAAGAAAACACUGAGUCUAUGAGCAUGGAUUCUCUCAGACUCCUUCCGUUUUUCCCCUGCUUCCUGUGGUUACCCGUCGCCUUGGCCCUCGUGGAGCCUCCGACCAACGUCACCCUGCGGUGCCAAAAUUUACACAACAUCCUGGAGUGGACGUACGGUCAGCUGGUUCCUGGGCUUCGUUUCAGAGUUAAUAUUCAGCCAUAUUACGGGACGGCCAAGGUGAUGUGGUCCGAUCCCCCUGACCUUCAGGUUGACUUGUCAGCUUUCUCUGACCCGGACGAUUAUUAUUACCUCACAGUAACUGCUGUGAUUGGUCAGAACGAGUCAGAGUCGGCGCCCGCUGAUGGAUUCACCUACAGCUACUACAUGGAUGCAGCCACAAAUCAGAUAUGUCAUCUGGACCUUCCAGCUGUCAACGUCACCGACUCCUUGCCCCGGAAAAACAAAAUGCGUCGCCAGUCUGAGAACAAACACCAUCUGCCUGACUUUAAAUACCGCGUCAGGCUCGUCAGCCAGAGAAAUGACAGAAGCAUGCAUCCUCACGACCGACACUGUGUGGAGAGAGAGUGUGAGGAUCAGAUUCCAGUGGACCACGGUGUGAACAUCAGUGGAGAGAUGAUGAAGAUGGAAGUCAGAGCCACGCAGCUCUUCUGUGCUCUGCCCUUCUCCCCCCCUCCUUCCGGACACAACAGUCAGAUUCUCUACGUCCUCAUCCCCCUGGUGGUCCUGUUUUUGUGCUCCUUUGUCCUUUUCCUGAUCUACAAAAAGAAGACCCGCCCCAACACUAAAGUCCCAGACGCUAUGAAAAUCAAUAAAACCAACAGUGAGGCCCCGAGUCUGGAGGAGGGGACGAGGCCUGAUUUCGUGACACACAUGGAGCCUUCGUCUCCGACUCCUCUCCUCUCACAUGAACAGACCACAGACUUUACUGCACCUGUUCGCCCCGACACUCAUUGCAACGAGUUCAUUCCCUUCGGAAGGAACCGUGAAGCUGUUCAGGGUGACGGGGAGGCGGAGCCAGACGCCAGUGUUAAUGAUGACGGUGACCGUGAUGACGACGGUGAUGAAGGACAGGGCUACAGGGGAGGCAGCGGUCUGGAGGAAGAUGAGGGUGAGAACACCUCUGAGGGCCACUCUGGAUACGAGCGUCGGAAUUGUUUAGUGGACUUGGAUCAGAACGACUUGGAUCAGAACGACUUGGAUCAGAACGACUUGGUCGACGGCUGCAACGCCUGA